GACUCGAGUGAAGCCCUUGGAGGCCAUCUUGGUUGAGGGCGGAAGUGGGCGCUGCGUGGUGCCGGCGGCGCCUGAAGAUCGCACGCGUGUGCGGGAGCGGCGCUCGUCAUGCUCCGUCGGGAGGCUCGCCUGCGCCGCGAGUACCUGUACCGCAAGGCCCGGGAGGAUGCUCAGCGAUCCGUCCAGGAGAAGAAGGAGCGAGUCAAGCGUGCUCUUGAAGAAAACCAGCUGAUUCCCACGGAACUACGUCGGGAGGCUCUAGCCUUACAGGGGUCCCUGGAGUUCGACGAUGCUGGCGGUGAAGGUGUGACCAGCCAUGUCGAUGACGAAUAUCGAUGGGCUGGGGUUGAGGACCCUAAGAUCAUGAUCACUACCUCCCGAGACCCCAGUUCUCGCUUGAAGAUGUUUGCAAAGGAACUGAAGCUGGUGUUCCCAGGUGCCCAGCGCAUGAACCGAGGCCGACAUGAGGUUGGCGCGCUGGUUCGAGCCUGCAAAGCCAAUGGGGUCACCGACCUUUUGGUUGUCCAUGAGCAUCGAGGCACACCUGUGGGACUCAUUGUCAGCCACCUGCCCUUCGGUCCUACUGCCUACUUCACACUGUGCAACGUGGUCAUGCGGCAUGACAUCCCCGACCUGGGCACCAUGUCAGAGGCGAAGCCUCACCUCAUCACUCAUGGCUUUACCUCACGCUUGGGCAAGCGGGUGUCUGAUAUCCUUCGUUACCUGUUCCCUGUGCCAAAAGACGACAGCCAUCGGGUCAUCACCUUUGCAAACCAGGAUGACUACAUUUCAUUCCGACACCAUGUCUACAAGAAGACAGACCACCGAAAUGUGGAGCUAACUGAGGUUGGACCUCGAUUCGAGCUGAAGUUAUACAUGAUUCGCCUGGGCACACUGGAGCAGGAGGCCACAGCGGACGUAGAGUGGCGUUGGCACCCCUAUACCAACACUGCCCGCAAGAGGGUCUUCCUGAGCACCGAGUAAGCUGUGAGCGACUGGCCAGUCGGGAUGCAGACUUGGACGCUUGGGGCAGGGACUGGUCACACACAGAUUUACUAAUCCCACGUGGGGCCUGG